CACCAUUACACCCCUCGUAAUUGAUAAGAGGCCUGUGCUGAUAUAUGAAUAAAUAUACAAUAUUCGUCGCUUGGUUUCAUCAGGGGCAAUCUAUUCGCUGUUUCUCACUCUUUUCCUGCAUCACCUACGCGACCUUCUCAACGUGGUUCGAUUCUCACACAGCCCAACAUGGACAUUCCAGCAUCCGCAAGAAUCCCGGCCAGUGUGGUGGACAAAGUUAGCAAAAAAGCACAGCAAACGCUCGACGAGGUGGAGAGUUUUGUGCAAGAAAAGUGCAUCCCAGCGGACGCCGUCUUUGCCCAACAGCUUGGCCGCGAGCCUCGCGGGCGUUUCGCCUCUCAUCCAAAGGUGUUAGAAGACCUGAAACUCGAGGCACGGCGACGAGGCCUGUGGAAUUUAUUCUUGGCUAAAGGACACGACGGGAAAGGCGCCGGAUACACCAACCUGGAGUAUGGAUUAAUGGCCGAGCAACUUGGGCAAAGCCAAAUCGCGAGUGAGGCAAUGAACUGUUCUGCUCCGGAUUCAGGAAACAUGGAGGUUCUGGAAAAGUUUUCGAAUGCUUCCCAGAAAAAGGAAUGGCUAGCACCAUUGCUCGACGGAAAGAUACGAUCUGCAUUCCUCAUGACCGAGCCAGACAUUGCAUCAAGUGAUGCAACCAACAUCAGAUUUGACAUACGGAAAGAAGGUAACGAAUAUGUGCUCAAUGGCAGUAAAUGGUGGAGUAGCGGUGCCGGCGACCCAAGUUGCGAACUUUACAUAGUCAUGGGCAAGACUGAUGCAGACAACCCAAACCCAUAUCGACAGCAGUCGGUUGUUCUAGUGCCAUCUCGGACGCCUGGAAUCAUAGUACAACGUAUGCUGUCCGUUUUCGGAUACGACGACGCGCCCCAUGGCCAUGGCUACGUCACCUUCAACAAUGUACGCAUCCCCGCGUCCAACGUCGUGCUGGGGGAAGGCAGAGGUUUCGAAAUAAUACAGGGCCGACUCGGACCUGGAAGGAUACACCACACCAUGCGGUGUAUCGGUGCGGCUGAGCGUGCCCUUGGACUGCUGCUUGCUCGCAUACAUGAGCCUACAAAGAGACCUUUUGGGAAGAUGCUCCACGAACACGGUUUGGUGCUGAGCCAGGUCGCCCGAGCACGAAUUGAGAUCGACUCGUCUCGACUCGUCGUGCUGAACGCCGCUAUCAAAAUCGACAACGGGAAUGCCAAGCUAGCCAUGGCGGAAAUCGCAGAGGCCAAGAUCCUUGUGCCCCAAAUGCUGGGUCGUGUCAUCGACGAUGCCAUUCAGGUCUACGGUGGCGCCGGCGUCAGCCAGGACACUCCUCUGGCGUACAUGUGGGCCUGCGCCAGAACUAUGAGAUUGGUGGACGGCCCCGACGAGGUCCACCUGUUGCAGCUUGGAAAACGCGAAAGUCGGCGUGCCGCUGGGGUUAGAGAGCGGCUGGAGAGGCAAAAGGAGCUGGAAGGGCAACUCUUUCAGCAUUACGAUGUGCAGAAGGUCGACCCCCUGUACAUGGGAUGGACAUCGGAGACGAAACCGAAACUAUGAGACCAGAAAUUUUGGCAGCACUUUGGGGGUUUCAUUUACUGGGUUCAUGAAGUGAUCAAGGCGUCGGGGGCAGAAAUCGACAACGGAGUUUUGCAAGUAGAAACACGUCAUGACUGGCAGCACGAGGGCUUUUCCCAACUCGCUC